CGCGGAGCCGCCGCGCUCCCCCAGGCUGCCCCGCGCUGCUCCCUGCCCCCGGAAGCGCUGCUCCUGCCACCGCCUCGCCCGGGGCCGAGAGACGCGGCCCGGACACCCCCAGCACCCUGUCCCGCACCCCGUCCCGCCAUGGGAGUCCCGGCCUUCUUCCGCUGGCUCAGCCGCAAGUACCCCUCCAUCAUCGUCAACUGCGUGGAGGAGAAGGCCAAAGAGUGCAAUGGUGUCAAGGCUCCAAUUGAUACAAGCAAACCAAACCCUAAUGAGGUGGAGUUUGAUAACCUGUAUUUGGAUAUGAAUGGUAUAAUUCACCCUUGUACACACCCAGAAGACAAGCCUGCACCCAAAAAUGAAGAUGAGAUGAUGGUUGCAAUUUUCGAGUAUAUUGACAGGAUCUUCAACAUUGUCAGACCAAGGAGACUCCUGUACAUGGCUAUAGAUGGAGUAGCUCCACGUGCAAAAAUGAAUCAACAGCGAUCCAGGAGAUUCCGAGCAUCAAAGGAAGGCAUGGAAGCUGCUGAGGAGAAGCAAAAAAUAAGACAAGAAAUUCUGGCAAAAGGUGGCAUUCUUCCUCCAGAAGAAGUGAAAGAGAGAUUUGACAGCAACUGUAUUACCCCGGGAACUGAGUUUAUGGACAAUCUUGCUAAAUGUCUCCGCUAUUACAUUGCUGACCGCUUGAACAGUGACCCAGGGUGGAAAAAUUUGACAGUUAUUUUGUCUGAUGCUAGUGCUCCUGGGGAAGGUGAACAUAAAAUCAUGGACUAUAUUAGAAGACAAAGAGCUCAACCAAACCAUGACCCAAACACUCAUCAUUGUCUCUGUGGGGCUGAUGCUGAUCUGAUUAUGCUUGGGUUAGCCACACAUGAACCAAACUUCACUAUAAUUAGGGAAGAGUUUAAACCAAAUAAACCCAAGCCAUGUAGUCUUUGUAACCAGAUGGGCCAUGAGGUUAAGGAUUGCCAAGGUUUGCCCAGAGAAAAACAAGGCAAGCACGAUCAGUUUGCAGACAGCCCUCCCAUGGCUGAACAAGAGUUCAUCUUCAUCCGACUCUGUGUUCUGCGAGAGUAUUUGGAAAGAGAACUCACUAUGGCCAGUUUGCCUUUCACCUUUGAUUUUGAAAGAAGUGUCGAUGACUGGGUCUUCAUGUGUUUCUUUGUGGGAAAUGACUUCCUUCCUCAUCUGCCAUCUCUGGAGAUCAGGGAAGGAGCAAUUGAUCGCCUGGUUAACAUUUACAAAAACGUGGUGCACAAAACUGGGGGGUACCUCACAGAAAGUGGUUUUGUCAACCUGCAGCGGGUCCAGAUGAUCAUGUUGGCUGUUGGAGAAGUUGAGGACAGUAUUUUCAAAAAGAGAAAAGAUGAUGAUGAUAACUUUAAAAGGCGACAAAAAGAAAAAAGGAAAAGAAUGAAGAGGGAUCACCCUUCUUUUAUUCCUGGUGGGCAGUUCUCCCCUCAAGCUCUGGGAAAUCGAUCCAGUCCUCAGGCAAUCAGUAACCCCAGACAAGCUGCCUUUGAGAUGAGAAUGCACGACAGACAGAAUUCUACAACUUCAUCUCCAAAUACCAGCUUCAACUCUGAUGGGAGCCCAUCCCUGGGAGGAGGAAUUAAGCGAAAACCUGAAGACAGUGACAGUGAACCUGAGCCAGAGGAUAAUAUCAGGUUAUGGGAGACUGGUUGGAAGCAGCGUUACUACAAAAACAAAUUUGAUGUGGAUGCAUCUGAUGAGAAGUUCCGCCGUAAAGUUGUGCAGUCCUACGUGGAAGGGCUUUGCUGGGUUCUCAGGUAUUAUUAUCAGGGCUGUGCAUCCUGGAACUGGUAUUACCCUUUUCACUAUGCUCCCUUUGCUUCUGACUUCGAGGGUAUUGCAGACAUGCCUUCAGACUUUGAGAAAGGCUCCAAACCGUUCAAGCCUCUUGAACAACUCAUGGGAGUAUUUCCAGCUGCCAGUGGGAAUUUUCUGCCCCCAACGUGGAGGAAGCUCAUGACAGAUCCGGAAUCAAGCAUAAUUGACUUCUACCCUGAAGAUUUUGCUAUUGAUUUAAAUGGGAAGAAAUACGCCUGGCAAGGUGUUGCAUUAUUGCCCUUUGUUGAUGAGCGGCGCCUUAGAGCUGCCCUGGAAGAAGUGUACCCUGACCUCACUCCUGAAGAAAGCAGGAGAAACAGCCUGGGUGGUGAUGUUCUCUUUGUGGGCAAACACCAUCCACUUUGUGACUUCAUUGUAGAGCAGUACAAGACCAAAAACACAGAGGCAGUGGAUAUACCCCCAGAGCUGUGCCAUGGCAUCCAGGGGAAGCUGACCCUGAAUGAGAACGCUGUUCUUCCAGACCAGCCUGUGGAGUCUCCUGUUCCAAUGCUGCGUGAUCUUACCCAAAAUUCUGCAGUCAGUAUCUCUUUCAAAGAUCCCCAGUUUGAUGAAGACUUUGUUUUCAAGGCAACAAUUUUACCUGGUGCAAAGAAACCUGCUCCAGUUCUGAAGCCAGGAGACUGGGAAAAAACCAACAAUGAUGGCAGACCUUGGAGACCACAGCUUGGCUUUAACCGAGACAGAAAACCAGUCCACUUGGACCAGUCAGCAUUUAGAACCUUGGGCCAUACAAUGCCCAGGGAAAGGGGGAUGCCAGGGAUGUAUGCUAAUGCUGUACCCCUCGGAUCUUAUGGGAGCCCCUAUGCCAGACCACUGCUGAGUGGGCAGCAGCAGAUUCCUAAACUGUUGUCAAAUCUGAGACCCCAAGAGACCUGGCGAGGUCCUACACCCUUGUUUCAGCAGACACCACAGAGAACUGCUGGAGCUGCUCCCCUGCUUGCCUGGAACCGCAUGCUGCAGACCCAAAACCAGUACCCACCUGGGCAGUACCAGGGGCUGGGGGGACCCAUGGUGUACCCACAGAGACCAGAAGAUCGGAUGGACAGGGGAAGGCAGGCAUACGGCCCCGGGAGGCCCUACCCCCUCCCUCCACCCUCGGGAAGAUACGGAUGGAAUUAGCUCUGGAUGGGUUUUUCUUUUUAUUUUUUUUUUAACUCUAUAAAACGUCUGAGGGGUUUUGUCUUCCGUUUGUUUGUUCUUUUAUUAUUUUGGGGAGUGGGGGAAGAAAAGAUAAAGAAACAUCCCUGUAGUUUUUAAACUCUGAUACUUGUUUUAAAUGUGCACAUUUCUUACUGAACUGAUUUUUGGGGGGCGAGGGGGGUGCUGUGUGGCUUGGAAAUGGGGUGUUGCAAAAGUGGAGUGAACCAGACCUCUGCCUGCCAGGCAUUCGAUGAGAUGGGAGCUGUUUUGUCUUUAUUACAUGCACAAGCUGUGCUUUAGCUGUGCCUGUCACUCUGAGCUCCAAACAUCCUUUACUUCCACACGUAAGAGCCUGAAAACAGGCAGGGAGUUUUAGAGAAGGCCUAGAAAUGGGAUUUCAUGGACUCUGAAGCAGAGGCAGCCUCUGGAGCACAGCGUGUGCAGACAGGUCUGUGGGUAUUCCUCAUCAAAUUCUUCCUUGGAUUUCUUGAAAAGAGAUGAGAAUAUUUUUUUUUCUUUUUGAGUUCAAAGUAAAACAUUUCAACUUUUACAACUUGUGCCUGGGUGGUUUGUUUUUUUUUUUACUUUUGUUACUGUAACAUAGACAAGCACUAGAGGUGUAUUUGUCUGUUUUGAUAUAUAAUUUAAAAUUAGCUGCAAAGUGCAGAGGUUUCCAUUCAUUUUUAGCCCCUUUCUAGGGAUUUUUCCAUGCGAGUGUACCAAAUGAGUAAAUAUUUUUAUUUGCUUUAUAAAGUGGCUUUUGAAACUCA